GUUUGAGAACCACUGACUUCCAGGAAAGGUUUCCCCAACUCCUCUCUGAAUUGUGUCAUGUCCCAAAGACAGCAAGCUGGUUUGCAGCUGUCCACUCUCCAGCAAUCUUGCCUUCUGAAGCGAGUUUUUCUGAGGACCUACCUUUCCCCAGAUCAAAACUGUCUAUUCCCUUUUGAGCCACCUCUGCCCAAGGGUAUGGCUGUGCCCCUCGGCCACAACAGGACAUUGCAGAACACACUACAGAAGUCUGACACUAUACACCAGACUCGUACACACAAGAUGUAUGGAUACUUUUGUUCUAGGGUAAAUCUGAAGGGAGGGCUCACUGGUUCAACAAAGGUUGAAACCUGUGUCAUGCUGUCCAGAGCCAAGGGUAUAGUGAUACAACUGUGCUGAAACCUACUAAAGAAAGCAAACCCCUACAACAUGCAAGGCACGACAGGGACAAGGAGGUCAUUCUGGGACAGCAAGGAAAAUAAAAGAAAAAUCAAUGAGCGAAGUCAAUGGAUAGCUUUCAAGUCAUGCAGACCUGCAUGUGCACCCUCCAGCUGUGGAGCCUUGAGCACAUCUGGCUCAGAGCAGCUACCAACAGACUUUGCCAGAUGAGUGGUUGGUGAAUGACUGAGCCAGCAAAACCAGUGAUGUAAUUCUUACCUUGUAGAAUGGAGAGUAAGACAUAGUGUUAUAAAGACACAAGAUGUGAUAGGUUGGAUGUUAAUGUUCUGAAGCAAGUUCUGCCUAAACUGGCAGGAACAUUUUCGUAUCAAGAACAGGAAUGUCCAGCACCAGGUUGGGAGGGAGAUGGAGGCAGGGCUAGGGGCAGGGCCAGGCACUGAAGUGAAGCGAAGACCCAGAAGCCCGUUCCUGGUAGUUGUUGGGCAGCUCAGACAGCUGCCUCACUCACCAUGGUUCUCCCUCUGCCCUGGCUCUCCCGAUAUUGCUGCCGUUGCCUCCUCCUUCCUUCCUGGCCACUGGCUCCUCAGGGGUCUUGAAGGUGCUGCUCCCAGAGACCCAAGGUGAGCACAAAAGAGCAGACCAUCUCCACAGGCAGUGGGAAGAUAAGGACCCCCAUGAGGGCUCCCCCGCCCAGCCACACGGCUGAGCUGGCCCAAGCUGAAGAGUUGCCAGAGCAGCAGCUGGAGCUGUACCAGGCCCUGCUGGAAGGGCAAGAAGGAGCCUGGGAAGCCCAGGCCCUGGUACUCAAGAUCCAGAAGCUGAAAGAACAGAUGAGGAGACACCGAGAAAGCCUGGGAGGAGAUGCCUAAGCUUCUCAGCAGUUCCCACUUCACCCUCCAACAGUGAAAAUACCUGCCCUGAAUCUUCCCGUCAGAACCAUACCAGCCCCUCCCAAGCAACUAAGAAAAACUGAAGACACCUCUAGAAAAAGCCAGAAAUUAGAAAGCAGUGGGGGGCCAUGACUUCUAGUCUUUUUAGUCAUAUCCC